CGAGGGGUGGCGAUGGGAGCUUCACGCGCGUUGGUUUCCAUCCAUCGUUUUAAUUGGAAGGGUGCCCUUUCACUUGUUUACUUUCCCCUCUCCUACAUUCGACGCCCGAAUUGUAACCUUUGCAGUGUUCGAACUGAGCUGAGUGGCAGCAGAGCCGAACCGAACUGUGAAGCGGAAGAUUAUUGAGGCUACGGGGAGAAUAGACUCACAAGUCUUCAUUGCAGACAGAAGGGUUUGGAGAUUAGGCGGUAGGUGGCCGGUGCUCGCCCUGGGUUUGACAGGAUGUGAGUCUGCGGGGGUUGGUGAUGUAAACGGAUGAGCUCUUUGAAACUGAAUUGACGCCAGGCGAUAUGAGCGGCGAGAGCAGUGUGGUAGAUGGCGAGCAAGAUUCAUCCUCCCAUGGCACCAGGUCAAACCUUCCUCAAGCACUGUGGAGAAAAUCGAUGGCUCCAGUGAAAUCUUUGAAACGGGUGAACUUGGCAAAUGCAGCAGGACAGUUUCUUGUAUUUGGAGCUAAGGUGGCAGCGUUGGAGGCAGUCCGAAAAAUAUCGCUAGCACGAUGUCGACCUCUUUGGUGGGGUUUGCAAGGCCUUUUCACCAUCCAAGCUCCACCGUUCAACUGGCUGCAACGCUGGUCUCCUUUUCAACAAAUUGCUCACGCUACUCAUAGCUUCUCGAAGCCCCUUGUAUUUUUGUCAAUUGCGACUGCUGUAACAAGCGCCAUUGAGGAGAUACAAAAUGCAACGGACGACACAAUACUCACUCGUCUUGCCCCAUUGGAUGAUUCUACUAAUCGUGACACCGAUCACGACCACUCUGACAGUGAAGAUAGUGAGGAUGCGAUUGCGCCAAGAGACCGAAGAGCCCUAACCUUUCAUCUUCUCAAAGAAGAGUUGGAGGAUAAAUGUAUCACCCUGCCUGAAAGGAUGGAUGAUGAGGAGCUGGAAAGGUUUCUCAUAGCUGUCAAUGGUGAUGUUUCCAAUUUCAUCGCCAGGGUUAAGAAAACAGUUCAAUGGCGAGAAAGACAUCACAUCUUCACUGCAGCGGAAUUGAAACGAUGGGAGCACCUUGUUUAUUGGCACGGAUUUGACGUUCAACGCAGGCCUGCACUUAUCAUUCGGCUGGGCCUUGCUUUUGCCACUUUAGAUCCUGCUGACCAUCCAGGCUUUGCUCAAGCUGUUGUGUCACAGGUGGAGGCUGGAGUCUUGAAAUUGGUGGUGGACAAGGACGACCCAACCAUUACGGUAAUAAUGGAUUGCGAAUGUGAAAAUACUCUACGUUUUCCCAUGGAGAGAUUAAAAUCUCGAAUUCGUUUACUUCAGGAUCAUUACCCAUGCCGAUUGGCAACUCUUCUGGUGGUUAACCUUCCACCUGAAAUGCGCGGAUUCGCUCAGGAAGUCUUCCAGAUUCAGAAUCCUGUGACUCAGACGAAGGUGCACUUGAAUGGGUAUCGCCGAUACAUGGGGCUUAUAGCUCAGCAUCUUGGAGCAAGUGAAAAUGUUCCUCCAUUUCUUGGUGGCACAUGCAAAUGUCAAAUCUGUAGUAACAAAGUGCUCUCAGAUGAGGAUCAACGCAUAAUUUUGAAAAGACAAGCUGAAGCCAGGCAGUGGGAGCUGGAAGAUGCGAACAGAGCAAGGGAACUUGAUUUGUGCAGGGAUAUUUCGUCGAGUGAGCAGCCCUAUAUGAGUACGUUGCGGCUUUUAAUUUUAGCUUUUUGCAUUUCUUGGUUAAUGUUGCGGUGGUUGCAGAGCUUACUCCUCUUAAAUCUUCAAUCCACUGGGUUAAUUUGAGAGUUUUUCCUCUUUGGUCUUCACAAAAAUUCCAAAUUCGAACCCUAACUUUUGGAAUCAUUUUUAGAGAAAUAAUUUUGUUAGUGAUGUAGGAAUGGACACUUCGAAAUGCUGACAUGUGGCUAUAUUGAAUAGCUUAAUGGAAACCUGUUUGUCACAGGAAACUUUUUGAUUGUCACUUUUACUUUGUGAAUCUACUAACACAAGAGAAAGUUAGUUUCAGGUUUGGUUUACGCUGGUGGUCGUAGGUAAUUAACGUCGUUUACACUUCAUGAGACUUCAUUAAGCAGGGGUAAGGUCGGGGCACAGGUUGAGCAUGAGCUCAGGAAUGAUGACCAUUAAUCAAUGGGUGGUUGCCGACAUCGAGAAUUACACACGGUCCCGAGCUGAAGUUGAACCUCGAGACGAGAACUUCUCUCCAAGGGAUUUUCUUCACAAUCAGUCUGAUUGUCCACUCUCCCAGAAAGCUGAUGGGCCUUUGAUCAUUGUUUACCUUCAUCCUGUCUAUAAUUUUUGCAUUAGCGGCAGUUACAUCAAUACGAGUGAAAAAUGUUGCAUUCAAGCAUUUUCAUUUCAUACGCUUAGAUGUGAAGGUGUGCGUUGUCGUCAGGGCCUAUUGUUGAUUAAUGAUCUUUUCUUUUCUUUUCUUUUUCCAAUUUCCAAAAUUGCCCUUGACGACUUCCCUCAAAGAUUCGAAUUUCAGUGCAGUAAUUGAACAGAGCCUCGUGUCCAUAGUGGAGUGUUGUCAUGGAAUCGGUAUCUUCGGAUCACUUACGAUGGCGUACCAAGGCUCUGUAUCAGGGUCCACAUUCAUGGAUGUUCUUAUUUUAAUGCAGAAAUAGUAAAAAACUAGGGAAGCGAUCAAUGUCUUGGUUUGGAACUGACCGACGUGUGUCGCAGAUUGACGACCGAGUCGGUUCCUCAGUCGUACGAAACGAGUGUAGAACAAGGAAUAUGUAUCUAAUUUCUUAUUUGCUGCAGAACCAAGGUACGUGUGUUACCUGUCAUUGUUAUUCUCAACAUUGCUCUGUUACUUCACUGACAGCAAUCCAGAAUUGAAAAUCACUUUUCACGAGAAAAUUGGAGGUUUUAGCACAAAGUAGUCAGCAUGAAAGCACCCUUGUGACUUGUUCCCAUGGCCAUCAACACUCAACUGGGAAAAAUUUAGCCACAAGCAGUUCACGACCGAUGACUUGGAGAGUGAUAGAGUUAAUUAGUCUUUAUUUAUUUGUUUGUCUAUUUUCGUUCUCCCCGACUUGGAUACAUAUUAUAUUUUACUUAAUUUAUGAUGGAACGCACCUUAAAGCA